AUGGCAAAAAGGAAGCAGGAGCUGAGAAGAUGCUUCCUGUUAUUCUGGAUUCUGUCCAUUUUAAAGAUGGAACAUUACUGUUGCUUGCAUAUGGUGACAAUGAGCCCAGGUGUUGCAAAGGUUAUCCUGAAGAGGGGGAAAACACAACUGUUUCGUGAUGGAAGCCCAAUGGUUUACAUCGGUGCAGUUGAUAGAAUUAUUAGUAGACCACCCCCAAAAAUAGGUGGCUUUGUGCUGGUGGCUGAUGGGGCACAAAACCCAAUCGGUUGGGGCUUGUACAACAGGCUCAUGCAGCUAGAGGAGGAAGUAUUAGGUGAUCCUUCUUGUGCAUUGAAUGUGGAAAAGCUGCUUGAAACAAGAAUAGAUGCAGCCAUCGGAUGA